AUGACUGCGCAAGAGGCCCACUUUCUGGAGAACAAGUCGAUAAUUGUUGCCGGAGCUGGUAUGGCCAGUUUGGCUUUUGCUAUCUCAUUGCACAAAAGAUGGAAUCAGAAGGUUUCUCCUCCCAAGAUAACGGUCUACGAUCGCGAUUCUAGGCAUCCUGACCUCCAGAGACAAGGCUAUUCACUCGCGAUCAAUGGCAUGGAACAGGAUGGCGGCCUGCAGAUUCUCGAAAAGCUCGGCCUCUUAUACCGCGUUAUUGAGAAAGCAACGCCAGGGAGUGACAGCAUGCCUUUCAAGAUAUGGGAUAAGAACUGGAACGAGUUGAUUGCUGUCCCUGCCAUACCAUACGGGGACAUCCCUGUGGCGCGGUUGCGGAUUCUCAGAGCUAACUUAAGAGAAAUUAUGAUCGAAGAAGCUGAAAUUCUGGGAAUCGAAAUUUGUUGGCAGUCACAAUGUUUGGGUAUCGAGUUACAAGAUGAUCGACGCCUUUCGGUCACUGUUACGCAGAACAAGUCUGAACGCUUGAUCGACUGCGAUAUUUUGAUCGUCGCGGACGGUGCACGCAGCAAAAUCAGAGCCUCACUUCGACCAGACGACCAGCUGCAUUACGCAGGGGCUACUCAAAUCGGUGGUCUCGCAGUCUUCCCACCAGGUAUUCCGCAUCCCUUGGCCGAUUCAUGGGGUAUUAUGGCGUCUGGAUACGGCAACAGCUGUUUCGUGAGCCCAUUCGACGGCAAAACUGUUAUUUGGGCUUUUAGCAAAGCUGAAGAGAUGCCAGCUCAAGCGACAGGCGGAGAUGGACGUGCACUCCUGGAUGAAGUACGACAGCAUUGCAGCGAGAUAGCAGAGCCGUUCGCAAGUUUGAUAAACGCAACAGACCCUUCAACGGCCUUUGUUAUACCAGCGCGCGACAAGAAGCCAUUCAGCCAUGAGGACGUUCUUCCUGGUGUGGUCUUCAUUGGAGACAGUAACCACGCUGUCAGCCCUUUUGCUGGAAAUGGUGCCAACAUGGCUUUGGCAGAUGGAUCGGAUCUGGCUGGUUUUCUGUUGGCCUCGGAUUCAAUUGGCAAUGCCCUCGAGGCAUAUGGUAAGGUGUCGGUUCCUAGAGCGCAGAAAACUCUCGACUCGUCACAUUGGCGGAUAAGUAUUGCCAAUCUUGAGGGCAUCACCUUUGCUAUAUUCAGACGUAUCCUGCAAGUGGGCGGACUUGUCAAAUGGAUAGCUGGAAGAUGA